AUGGACCACAGAACAAAUCCGUACGCACGCAAGUUAGUGACCGUAUCGAGAUAUGCGGACAUAUACUCCCAUUCUUUCGCCUGGUCAAUAGCGAAACUUUCUGAUCAAGGGAUGGACCUCAAAGCUGAGCUCCUCAAAGCUCAAUCUACCUUUGCAUUAAUCAGCAGUGAUAUAAAUGAACGACUCUAUCAGUCAGGUUACAAACCUCACCCAGAACCUCCAAUACCAAACAGCAACACUGAAUGGAGUAGACAGCUCCCAGAGGUUGAAACAGCAUUGAGAAACUUUUGCACUGAACAAUGGGAUGAUGAAAAGCAUACAUUGACUCAUGAGUUACCUCGUGCGGUAGAAGAGUGGGAUAAUCAUUUGAAGAAGAGUUUGAAAAGCUUCAAAAACCCUGAUCUUACUUCUGGUCCUUCUCUUUCUUCCUCAGAGGUACCAACAAAUGAACAUAUUUCCAAUUUGAUGGAUAUCAGACAAAAUCCAAUAGCAAGACAACUUAGAACACUUUAUUCAGCUUUAAAAGUGAUCAGUUGUCCUUCAGAUCAGCCAUUGGAUGACACUCAUAGACUUUAUCGGAAUAUGCUUGGAAGAUUGGCUUUGCGUCAGAUGGAAGUGAUAGAACAAGGUCUCAAACCUAGAUCCUUUGCUUUUGAUCCUAAUGAUGUUGAUGAGAUGAGUCUGCCUGAGGCAAGAGGGGUCACAUAUGACUUUAUGAAACGUUAUGGUACAGAUCCAGAACUCAUAGCUACUUCUCUCCCUCCUUCAAUCAUGAAUAACUUCAAGGUGCUUGAUUCCAAUGAGAGAGGGGAAAAUUUAGAGCAAGAGUUUGGAGGAGAGUAUAUGGGAAGGAUUACAGAUUCAGCACAUGCUGAUAAUUUGACAAUGUCUGCAAUUGUCAAGCACCUCAUUCCAGAUCAUAACAAGUCUAAGGAUAUGAGAGACAUGUCUGAACGGUUCACUCCCGUUUGGUGA